CAGGAAGUAACAGCAACUUAAAAAAAAUCUUUGUAGAAUUGCUCAGUGUCAUAAUGUCUAACCCCCUGAUAGCUGCGGAGAGAAAAGAAGAGAGACAUCACCUCGUGAUGAAGUUGUUUUGCGGUUUUACAUUGUUAUUAGCAAUAGCUGUUGCCUAUAACGUCUACAUCCCAUUGCCUAGGACAAUCUCAGAACCAUGGAAACUGAUGGUGUUGGAUGCAGCAUUCCGGGGAGUUGUGAUGAUGGGAGAUGUUGCCCACUCGCUGGGUUUGAGCCAUAGAGUCCACGUUAUCAACUCUGCUAUUGUCAGUUUUGAGAGUCUGGUGCCCAUCACAAACCAAGAGAUCCAGACUGAAGAUAUCCUGUUUGAUGGAGUGCAUGUACGUGUAUACCAGCCUCCUGGACAGGACGGAAAGCUGAGGAGAGCAGUUAUGUUCAUCCAUGGAGGUGGAUGGGCCGUGGGCGCUCCAAAGCUGGGGUCAUAUGACAGUCUCUGCAGACAGAUGGCAGCUGAUCUGGAUGCAGUGGUUGUGACAGUGGAUUAUCGCAUGGCUCCUGAUGUGCACUUUCCAGUGCAGUACGAGGAGUGUGUGCAGGCCGCUAAGCAUUUCCUGAGGCCAGAAGUGCUGACGAAGUAUUCGGUCAAUCCAGAGCGAGUGGCAGUGUGUGGAGACAGUGCUGGAGGAAACCUGGCCGCCGCAGUGGCUCAGCGGAUCGGAACAGACAACACCACUACUGUGAAAUUCAAACUGCAGGUCUUGGUUUAUCCAGUGCUUCAGGCGUUAGACUUCAACACAGCUUCCUAUCAGCAGAACCAGAACGUUCCCAUCCUGUAUCGCAGGUUAAUGGCCCGUUUCUGGUUGGAGUACCUAGGCGCCGACCUCAACCUUGUGCACUCCCUUAUGAUAAACAACCACACAGCCCAAGACCAAAGCCUGAUGUCCUUGAUCCGUUCAAAGCUGGAGUGGACCACACUCCUCCCCAAACGAGUGAUACAACAUUAUAAGCCUGUGUUUCCAGUGACUGGCUAUCUCAGUAUAUUAAAUGACAUACCGGCAUUACUGGAUACCAGAGCUGCUCCGUUACUGGCGGAGGACGAGGUUUUGCGUAUGGCACCACGUGCUUACAUUAUGACUGGUGAGCAUGAUGUUUUGAGGGAUGAUGGGAUGAUGUACGCCCGCAGGCUGGAGCUGGCAGGGGUCUCGGUCACUAAUGAACAUUAUAAAGACGGUUUCCAUGGCUGUGUGAGCUUUGGUUUCUGGCCCUGCUACUUCUCUGUGGGAAUAAGGGCAGUGCAGAAUUAUAUCGCUUGGCUUGACAAACAUUUGUAGUUAUAUUUAAAAUGUGUCUAUGAGGGAUGCAACGAUUAUAGAUUUUGUUUGUAGGAUUAUAGUCUGAGGAAUAAUCACGAUUUCAUGAUUAUUAUGCAUUCAUUAAUUUCACAACACUACUUAAAUCACAUGAACACUUAAGAUUUUAAAGUGUUAUUUAUUGCUGCCUUUUGAAACCAUAACCAAAUAGCCUAAUACAGCACUAUAUUAAUAAAGACAAACAAAAAGUCAAUUUCUCCCUUUGGAAAAAAAAGAAAGAAAAAAAAGUGACCUCUGCUCUGAAACAUCCCUGUCUGUAUUUCCCUUUUAAAAAUAACAAAUGGAAACAGAUCACAAAAUUAUUUGGUGUUUUCAGUUUCAUUCAUUCUACAUUUCUUUUGGAUCUGAUGUAGAGAACUUGGAAACAUGGUGAAAAAAUAUCUUGUUGGUUUUUGACCUAAACAUAAAUAAUACUAUAACAGGGAUAAUAAAUCACUAUGUUAAUUAAUUAUUAUUAUUAAUAUAAAACUAAUAUUAACUUUAUUUAUCCCCCAGGCCAAACUGUUACUAAUGAGGGGGAUUAACUGAACUUUCUUCCAUACGUAUUCAUUUUAAUAAUCUUUUUAAUAAUUAAUCUAAUUUUACAUGUGGCCUGAGAAAAUCAUGUCAGUUAUUUUGGUUCGAUCUUGAGACUGGAAAAUGUGCUGUGCGCACACAGAAACAAUCAGGAGCACAGAAACUUGUCAACACUGCAACGCCACUUUUUAAUAAAAUAGCUUAGAUAAUAGAUAGCUACAUUAUAUUCAUCACACGUCAGUAACGAGGGGGUAAAAAUCACUGUUUUUGAAGUAACUAAACACAGCUUCAUUGCUUGCAGAGAGACACUUAGAGUCAGACGCAGGUCAUUCACAAACACAACUAAAAUUUCUCUCUGUCAUUGAUCGAUCGAAUAAUUAAUUCAACUAAAUGUUAGAAUUAACUCAUUCAAAUAAAUGUGAUCUUAACGCACUAUUUCAUCUCUGUCUGAUGUGAAGCGGGCAGAAUGCUGGAACUAACGAGCUGUAGCUUCACAUCCGGUGGUUCUUGCCUUCACCUCGUCCAUUAAAAUCGUUUAAUGCACAGCUAGCCGUUCAUUAUCCCUUACGUAUUUGCUCCUUUAGCAACAAUUUUUUUUUACGGCAAUAUUUCAAUGACGCCCUUGUCACUGUUGACUCCAGGCAUUUCUUUAGUGGGAAUAAAUCUUCGCUGUUCGGUCCCUCUGUCAUAGCUAAUCUAGUGUGUGUUGUAGCCUCCUUGUCUCUGAUUAGUAUGGCACUUUAAGAUGCUGCACCACUGGUGUAACUUUCCCCGGGUCCCAAUGUUCAUACUAUCCAUUCUAAACAGUAUGUGAGAUUAAAAUAAGUGUGUCCCAAAGC